AUGGAUAUCCAGCUUCUUAGCAAAGCCGUCUUUUUCUUAUUACUGGUGAUAAUUGGGAUUCCUGCAAAUUCCUACAUUAUAUUAAAGUUCAUUUUCGUCAAAAUGGUAGAGAAGAAAUUUCUACCUACAAAUAUCAUUUUGACAGCUUUGGCCUUCAUGAAUCUUUUAAUUGUCUUUUCUCGAGUCAUCCUGCAGUAUCUCAACGCCAUAGGAGUGGAAAAUUUGCUGGAUGACCCUCAAUGCAAACUUUCUGUGUAUACAUACAGAGUGAGCAGGUCUAUGUCUAUUUGUACCACCACUUUUCUAAGCUGUUACCAGUGUAUCCUCAUUGCUCCAUCAAGUGGAAUCUGGUCUUAUCUGAAGCAAAAGGUGACCCCAAAUGUACUGGCUAUCACAAUAUGCCUCUUAAUUAUAAAUAUCAUCCUUGAUCCAAGCAGUGGCUUGUAUGCCCAGGCCAAAAAGAAUUCUACAGCCUCCCCUUACACACUGAACCUGGUCUACUGCAAUAUGGCAUUUGGAACCUAUAAUAAUUAUAUUGCUAAUGGCUCGAUGUUUGCUGCAAGGGAUUUCCUUCUUGUUGGGCUAAUGGCUCUGGCAAGUACAUACAUUGUUUACAUUUUAAUAAAUCAUAAAAGAUCAGUAAAGGACAUAAGAAGUUCAUCUAGAGCACAAGGGAAAUCAGCUGAAGACAAGGCCUCUAGAGCUGUCAUUAUGUUGGUUAUUUUGUAUGUGUUAUUAUUUGGAUUUGAUAACUGCAUGUGGAUCUAUACACUGACCUUAACCAGAGUCACAAAUGAUAUGAAUGAUGCCAGGAUAGCACUGGCUUGCUCCUACUCUGCACUUAGUCCAAUAGUAAUUAUCAUUAACAACCCAAAGUUACAGCCACACUUGAAAUGUUUAGUACAAAGAAAUGAAUAA